UUAAAAAACGGUAAAACUCAACUGUUUAACUCUGGGGGAGAUGUUAAAUUAGCCUUUUUCAAAAAAAAAAAAAGCGUAGUAUUCCUUUAAUAUGCACAUUGCUGUCUUUGAGCACGCAGCGCCGAAAAGAGAACACGUGCACCAUUAAACUGGAUGCCAACAGCCAAGAAGAAGUAGAAGAAGAGAACACGAGACAUUUUCGAUCUGUUUGCACGUGGCACUGGAAGCUCGCAACGCCGACCCUCUGCACUGCUGCCGGGUGUGUCUUGCUGGUGACAGUGACAUAAUUAAUUCCCUGCAGGACACCGCUACAACUUUGUCUUCCACACGAGCUUGCACGCGGCACGGCACUGGAAGCUCGCAACGCCGACCCCCUGCACUGCUGCUGUGUGUGUGUCUUGCUGGUGACAGUGACAUAAUUUAUUUCCUGCAGGACACCGCUACAACUUUGUCUUCCACACGAGGCUUCCCUAAUACAGUGUAAAUGGAAGCGACUGAUGUCCUGAGACUAAGGGUCAUCCUUGAUGAUAUCAAUGCUGAGAGGCUUAUUUUGCCCUCUCGUCCUGAGACUGUAAAUGCCCUCAUAAUUGAGAUAAAAAAUAAGUUGAACCUUGCCUAUGACUUUUGGCUUCAGUUUCAAGACCCAGAAUUUGACAAUGCCCUAUGCAAUUUAGUAAACAUCGAGGACCUACCAUCCAAGGCAACCAUUAAGAUAGUUAGAUAUCUUGAGCCAGAUCUCAGUUCAACCAGCACAGAUGAUACACUGUUGUCUGAUAACACAGAUUCACUAGAUCGUCUUUGCCGAUGGCCAGAGAUCUUUGUUAUUCCAACAUUCUCCUACGAGGUUGAGCAUGCUCUAAGAGAGGGCAACUAUGCAUUUGUCAAAGAGGGGAAAACUCUAAACUUGACUAGGGAUCAAAAACACAACAUACUGGAUGGAAUGGCUGCUGAAAUAUAUAAGCAUAAAGCAUAUCCCAGUACCAAAAAUAUUCUCAUGGCUGCAGAGGCUCUGGUGCGCAAACACCCCUGCCUAAAAGAAAAAGGUUCCGGAACAGGGUAUGAGGGUUGGAAGAACAGCCUGCGCUUCAAAAUGGGCAACUACAGGACCAAACUGAGCAGGGCUGGCAUAAAGGAUGUGGCUGUGAAUGCUGGAAAACGUAGCAGGACCAAUCCAGAAGGUGCAGCAUCCAGGGCCAAAAUCAAAAGACCCAGAAGAGGAGAAAUAAACUUCAUGCCCAAUUAUCCCCAAGGAGAAACUAAGGACACACUGGAGAACUUGAGGCUUGAGAUGGUGGAGCAGUUCAAGAAGACCGUGACUGAUAGAGACAUGAUUAUCAUCCAUCAACAUAUGCAGCGUACCUUUGCACUCAGGCGUGAAGAAAUUGUGAAUUCAGCUCCUCCCAUUGCUGAAUUGAAAGACCGAUGGCCUGCACUCUUUUGUGAAGCCCAACUCUACAGUGAAUUCCACAGGAUCACCAAUCAAAAUCUACCGUAUUCCUUCUAUGCUGCACUUGACAAGUACACACCUCAGCUGUUGAAGCUCUACAAAAAGAGGAAGACUGGAAGUUUUGGUGAGAAGAUGGAAGACGUUUUGAGGGCAUAUGAGGAACAGGACAAGAACAACAUCACUGCAGCUCGAACAGCAGCCCUGGCUGGCCUACCGCUGUACUUAAAGGAGGAUUCAUCAGAGGUCUUCAAAACCUGCAAGGAUGACUUGGAGUCAAUCCAGGAUGGAGCAGUGGCUCUGGUGGCAGUGGUGAAUGAAGAGGAUGUGCCUGCUGGAGUUCCCUUUGAAAGUCACCACGUGUCAAUUGUCCUUGAGGAUCAGGUUGUAAUGUCUCACAGAUCUUGGACUGAUUCAUUGGUGAUUUUGUUUGGAAUGAUCUAUGCUCUUCAUUUGAGCUAUCCUGAGAAGCUAAGUGGCUUCUUUGAGUUCAUCCAAGUUAUCCUCUUAAACCUUGAUGAUGGAAGAAAGCAGCUCAAACCUAAGUUACAAGCCUUGAGAAAUGAGCUAUAGAGUAAAUGUGUUAACGCUUUUCUGUAGAAGGUCAGUAGUGUUCUGAAAAGUAUCUUUUUGCUUGCAAUCCAAAAAUGUUUCUGUUUAGAUUUCUGUGUUGCAACAGAUACUUGUGUACAUAAUUACAGCUGGGUUGGUUGGCUUUCUACUUUCUACUAGCUUAAGUGAGAAACACGGGCACUAAUUUAGAAACAAACACGAUACUCUAAAGAGUUUUUCUAUAUUUCUUUUAAACAUUGUUAGGUAAUAUUCUUUCUAAAUGUUGCCUAAAUGUUCUUAAUGACCACACAGUUGCAAAUAACUUGAUAGUUAUAAUUUGGAAGAGCCUGGGUUCAAGGUUUAUUUUUUUAUUAUUUUUUUUUUUUUAUUUUUUAUUUUUUUACUACAAUGUGUGUCUGCAUUGUGUGGUAUUCUGUGGUUUCUUCACAUUCUUUUUAAGUUUAAUUUCUAGUAUAUGGGCUUUUGUCAUUUCUAUUAGUUUUUGUAAUAUAUAUUACUUUAAUAUUAUUUAAAAUUAAUUUAAGUUAGCUUUAAUACAUUGUCUUCACACUCUUUAUUACCAUAUGGGAAUAGCAUUAGUAUAUA